AUGGAUAUUAUGGCAAUUAUCUACUACCGGAUCACGCUCGAGGAUGGCUCGAUCUACGAGAAUGAGGCGGCAACCCGUAUGGAACUCACCAGAGUAGAAGGAAAGCUGAAAUUCCGUCGUAUGCACCUGUACUUUGAUCCGACAGGGAUGCUCGCUUUGCUUCCUGAUGAUGUUCGUAAUUUUCAGCAACCGAAGAGUACUCAUAUUUAG